AUGGAGACAAAACGUAGGAGUGCUACUGACAGCUCGGAAUAUUCCGAGGAAAGUGAUUUGUGGUCAGCGUCAGAAGAAGACAGUGAGACAACGAGCGAUUCGAAGUCACUUGAUACGAGCUACAGUGAUUCUUCGCUCUAUAGCGUUUCGAGUGCUGAGUCAAGCGAAUCCGCAUCGCAGAACGCAGAUAGUGAAAUAUCAUCUAGUAGCGAAUCAGAGCGCUCUAGCGCUUUUAAUGAUGAUGUUAAAUCAAAUGGGUCUGAGUCUACAUAUUCUAGUGGUGGAUCUUUGGUGUCUGAAACAGACGAAACCGAUCAGAAUAUUAAUGAAUUCGAAACAGCUGAAACUUCAGAGAGUGAUACUGACGAAUCUUCAAUAUAUGAAAGCUGGGAGUCGUCAGAGUCUAACACUUCGGAAUUUUCAGCGUCUGAAAGUGAUGAAACUUCAGAGUCUAAGACUGACGAAUCAUCAGAUUCUGAAUUUUGGAAAUCUUCAGAUUUCGAUAGCGAUGAAAGCUCACAGUUCUCAACUGAUGAAUCCUUGGAGUCUGAAUCUGAAAUCUCGCUUUCUUCAGAUUCCGAAACUGACGAAACUUCACAGCACGAAAGUUACGAAUGUUCUGAGUCUGAAUCAGAAACUCGAACAUCUUCCGAAUCAGAAAUUGACGAAACAUCAGAGUGCAAAUCUGAAACGUCUUCAGAAUCAGAAUGUGAAGAGUCACACGAGUUUUCAUCUUUAUUAAAAACCGACGAACCACGCUCUACUAGCAUCAAAACCACUAAAAUUUUUACUACAAUCACGCCAACCACUUCAACAUUCUUGCAAUCCGAGCCACCAAGUAUACCCACUACUUCUUCGGGAGGAACUGCUUCAACGUCCAAUGCUGACGCUUCGCAGCGUACGACCGAUAAGUCCACAACAUUAGCUGAUAUAACAAGUAUUUCCACCACUUCCGAUGCCAUUGCAACCACAUUAACAAUUGUGAGAACCGAUUCAACCAGUAUUCCCACCACUUCUUCCGAAAAAACUGCAUCAACAUCAAAUGCUGAAGCUUCGCACCAUACCACUGAUAGUUCUACAAAAGCAUCUGAUAUAACUGACUUUUCAACCACAACCGAUGCCAUCGCAACCACUUUAAUAACCAUGGGAGUCGAUUCAACAAGUAUUAUCUCCACUUCUUUCGGAGGAACUUCGUAUCAAUUGCAAUCGAAUCCGACGCAACCACCUUCUUUGAGACCGAGUCUACGAGUAUUGCAGUUCUACAAAAUAUCUGAUAUAACUUCGAAAACCGAGCCAACAAGCAUUCCCACUACGUCUUCCGGGGAAACUCCAUCUAUAACGAAUUUUUAGUUCUACAGAUGCAUCUGGGAAAAAAAAGAGUUUUCAAGCACAACCGAAUUCAACGCAACCUGGCCAACCUCCUUUAGUACCGAAUAAACGAAUUAUUGCUCCGUUCUCCCUGUUCCUUAUGAAUUGAGCCAACAAAUAAUCUGUCCACUUAUUCAUUUUUGAUCCAUGUGGAGUUUUUCCAUGACUAAUUUCUUAAUUUGGUCGUUCGGGAAUAGCCAGCCAGCGAAGUCGCUCAGCAUGCUAUCUUUAUUGACGGAAGUAAUUUAUAAGUUUUUAAUCGAUCAUAUGGGGACUAUGGGGAAGGAACGGCAACAGCAAUUUGUGAAUAGAGAGAUUGUUCAUGUACCCGAA